AUGGAGGCCAAUUACGUCGGUUCGGGCAGGGCCGCAGGAAAGGUCAGGGGGCUGAACGCUCUGUUUGGCGCCCUGCAGGAACGAGCAAAUUCCUUUGAUGCGGUGGCUAUAACUUCUCAAAUCCUUGUUCCUGCCGGUUACCACUCGGACUAUUUCGAGAGCAACGGCGAAAUGGUAAAUCCGUGGGGCGGAGUAGAAGCCAUGCUGACUCAUGCCGUUUCAACCAUUUUCAAUGUGCCUUCUGCUCAUGCCCCCAUGCUGGAAACCCAGGAAAUCGCCAAUGCUGAUCCAGGCAUCGUCGACCCGCGGAUGGCGGCUGAGGGCGUAUCCCUUGCCCUGAUACAGUCCGUAUUGAAGGGUUUGCAACGGAGCCCGAGGAUAGUUUCCGACCUGGAAGGGAUGAACCAUCCCAGCAUAAUUACGGCCGCCGACGUUUCUUGCCUGGUAAUCCCUGACGGCUGCGUGGGGCUGCCGGUUCUGGCAGCUUUGGAGCAAGGAAUACCGGUUAUUUCGGUCAAGGAAAACCGCAACCUCAUGAGGAACAAUCUGGCUGACUUGCCUUGGGCUAAGGGACAACUUAUUCCCGUAGACAACUAUUGGGAAGCAGCCGGAGUCAUUUCAGCUCUCAGAGCGGGCAUUGACCCUGCGGCAGUGCGUCGCCCGAUACCUCUUUCUCCCGUACAUUGGCACCUGUAA